AUGGACCAUUAAAAUAAUAAUACAAAGCAAAGAGAUUUUGCUGUGCUUUUGAAUCGCAACCCCCAGACCAGACCAUAAGUCAAUUCGACACCUAUCAAGAAAGUCUUUAUUGACCCAACUUAGAGAAUCUAUGAAGACAUAGUUGUCGGCGAGUAUCUAGAAGAACAUUAAAUUGUGGUGGAAUCAAAUGAAAUAGAAGUGCCCCAACCAUUUAUUGAGUGGAAAGAUUGCCAAUUUCCAAAUCAAUUGAACAAGCGUAUAUCACUCAAAGCUUUUUAAAGACCCACUCCAAUCCAAGCAUCAGUAUUUCCAAUCAUUAUGUCUGGACAUGAUUUAAUAGGAAUCGCUUAAACUGGAUCUGGCAAAACAAUUGCCUACCUUCUUCCAGGAUUAGUUCAUAUAGAAUGUUAACGUAAAAAGGGAGGCCCUAUGAUGUUAAUACUAGUGCCUACUAGAGAAUUAGCAAUGCAAAUAUAAGAGCAUAUUAGUUACUUUUCUGAAGCAUACAAUAUGAAUUCCGCCUGUAUUUAUGGUGGAGCUGAUAAGAGACCUUAAGAGAUGGCAUUAGCCAGAGAUCCAGACAUUGUUGUUGCAACUCCAGGAAGACUAAUCGACUUCUUAGAUGCUCAAGUAACUAAUCUUCAUAAUGUUACUUAUUUAGUCUUAGAUGAAGCAGAUCGCAUGCUUGAUAUGGGAUUUGAAUAGCAAGUUCGCAAGAUUGAUAGCUAUAUUAGAGAAGAUAGACAAACAGUAUUCUUUUCAGCAACUUGGCCAAGAACAGUGUAAAAUUUAGCGUGUGAUUUGUGUCACAAUGAGCCAAUUAAUUUAUACAUUGGAAGUCAAGAAGUCACAAUUAACAAAAACAUCACAUAAGAAACAAUCUGUUUAUAUCAAAAUGAAAAAUAGGAAGAAUUACUUUAUAUUUUGGAAGAAUUAUCAAAUAAAGAUAAGGUUUUGAUAUUUUGUUGA